AUGGAGCCCACCGGUAGAGAAGCAGAGCCUGUCGCCAGAGGCACUCUCGCAACAGCAAAGCAAAGCUUCCGCGACCUCUUCAGAUGGGAACAGCGAGUCGAGAUCUUCAAUGAAUACGGCGAGUCGAGGACAGAAUGGCAGAAGCCGAAGCCGUUGAAGAACCCAUUCUCGCUCUUCGCACAGUUGUCACCAACGGGAUGGCUUUUCUUCUUGGUUGGGUUCGCAGCAUGGACGGCAGACGCUUUCGACUUCCAUGCGCUUAGUAUUCAGACUACGAAGCUGUCGGACUACUAUAAUACAUCGAACACUAAUGUUUCGACCGCCAUCACCCUGACGCUUCUGCUUCGCUCGGUUGGCGCUGCGUUCUUCGGUCUCGCCGGAGAUCAAUUUGGCCGCAAAUGGCCUAUGGUUAUCAACAUGUUCAUCCUCGGUCUGCUUCAGAUCGCCACUAUCUACAGCGCUACAUUCCAGCAGUUCUUGGCUGUGCGCGCUCUAUUCGGCUUGUUCAUGGGAGGCGUCUACGGCAAUGCUAUUGCUAUGGCGCUUGAAAACUGCCCUGUCGAUGCUCGAGGAUUGAUGUCUGGGAUUUUGCAGCAGGGAUAUUCUUUUGGCUACGUCUGCGCAGCCUGCGCCAACCUCGGCGUCGGCGGCGAAACCGACACAUGGAAGACCGUUUUCUGGAUCGCGGCUGGCCUCAGCAUUGGCGUUGGCUGUAUUCGCAUUGUGUUUCCAGAGAGCAAGCAGUUCCGCGAACGCAAAGCGGCCGGUCACAAGGGCGCUGCUCCUGGCGUCUUCUGGGCGGAGACGAAGACGAUGCUGAAGAAGGAAUGGCGCAUGUGCGUCUACUGCAUCAUCCUUAUGACGUGGUUCAACUACUACUCGCACACUUCUCAGGAUAGCUACACCACUUUCAUGAUCGACCAGAAGGGACUGGAUAAUACUGGAGCUUCCGUGGCAAGUAUUCUGAUGAAGACUGGUGCCUGCGUUGGUGGGACUAUUCUUGGGUAUCUGAGUCAAUGGGUUGGACGUCGCAGGACUAUGGUCGGCGCGGCUCUGAUGAGUGCUCUGCUCAUCCCUGCUUGGAUCUUGCCUACAUCUGAAGCGGGGUUAUCGGCCAGCGGGUUCAUGAUUCAGUUUUUCGUGCAAGGAGCUUGGGGUGUGAUCCCGAUCCAUCUCAACGAGCUGUCGCCGCCGGCGUUCCGGUCGAGUUUCCCCGGCAUCACAUACCAACUCGGCAACAUGAUCUCCUCCCCUUCCGCCCAAAUCGUCAACGCUGUCGCCGAGUCCCACCUCAUCACCGCCCAUGGCGAGCGCGUCUCCGCCUACGGCCCCACGAUGGCCGUUGCCACCGCCAUCAUCGCAGUAGGCAUCAUGGUUACUGCAUCACUUGGGCCCGAGAAGAGAGGUAGUCACUUCGAGAGCGCGGUUAUCGGGCAGAGUGCUAUGGCUACAAAUGCGGAGAUGAAGGCGGAGGAUCUGGAGAGGGGGGCGAGUGUUGGUGAGAAGGCCGGGGAGGCGGAGGCUAUUGAGAAGAAAUAG